AUGCACGUCUUCGUGACUGGAGCCACCGGCUUCAUUGGCCGAGCAGUUGUCGACGAGCUCAUAACCGCCGGCCACACAGUAACUGGCCUCGCCCGCUCCGACGAAGCCGCCGCUGCCCUGACAGCGAAAGGCGCCAGAGUCCUACGUGGUUCCUUUCGAGACCUCGAGGUCGUCAAACAAGGAGCCAGCGAGGCUGACGGCGUGAUCAACCUUGCAUUUGACCACGACUUCAGCAAGUAUGAGCAGAACUGCCUUGACGAGAAAAACACCAUCGAAGCCAUAGGUUCGGUCCUGAUCGGAACCAAGAAGCCUCUGGUUACCACCACUGGAACCUUGGGGCUCGUCUUCGGGCUCACCAAGGGCAACGUCGGCACCGAAGACGAUAUCAUUGAUUUCGAACAUGCGAUGAACGUACGCGCUCGGAAUGAGAAGGUCGUUUACGACCUCGCUGAGAAAAAACGUGCGCGGCUGUGUCGUCCGCUCGCUGCUUUGGCCCAUUCGCAGGGUAAUGCCAUUUACAUCGACGAGGGACUAAACCGCUGGCCUGCUGUUCAUCGUCUUGACGCUGCUCGGCUCUACCGACUUGCCCUAGAGAAUGGUGUUGCUGGAAGCAAGUACCAUGGUGUGGGUGAGGAGGGUGUCGCCAUGAAAGAUAUUGCUGAAGCUAUUGGUCAAAAUCUAGGUCUUCCUGCUGUAUCUAAGACUGUUCAUGAAGUGGGGAGCCUUGACAGCUUCGUUUCUUAUGUUAUGAGCAUAGAUAACCCUACCUCAAGCAAGAAGACCCAGGAACUCCUUGGCUGGGAGCCAGUUGGCCGGAAGCUUUUGGAUGAUAUCAAGGCCGGAGUUUAUGCCCAGAAGUGA